AUGAUACCUUCCGCGAAAUUUUUAAUAUUCAGCUUGCUACUGUACCUUCGGCAAUAUCCUUACCAUGCGAAUGAAUUCGGCACAUCAUGGAAUCAUACGGCCGCGCAAAAUGGCACUGUCGGUGUCAGGAUCAGUAGAUUAUUAACGGGUGAAGUGGAUAUGCAAACACCAACGCAGACUAAAGUUCUUGCUAAACCUGGCAACGGUGCACCUAAGGAAACCGCGCUACCAGGAAACAACCCUGGUAAACCAGGUUCUAAGGCUGGAUCAGAAAAACCGAUGCCAACGUCCUCACAAGGUAAGGCACUAAGUGAGAAAAAAGAAAACAAGCCAAAAGGAACUGAAGUGAAGAAUGGAACGGAUAACAAAAGACCAGAACAAAAUAAAGCACCCGAGACUCCCACAGGAGAUCGUUCCAAGGAAACUGCGCCGGUUGAGAACUCGGGAAACUCAGAUCCUGCGGUUGGAUCAGAUAGGCCAUUACUAGCCUCAAGGAUUAAAGCACAAGUUGAGAACACGACAAAGAAGCUCGCAGCAUUCUGCAGUGCAUUGAAGCGUAUUAUAAUUAUGAAUAAGUAUUUGAUCCUUUUCGUUAUAGUCCUCUUUAUUCCUGUUACAGCAUUGUCCCCCCUACCUUUGUUCUUUGAGAAAGAAUUGUUGACUUUUCUAGUAGUAGCUGCUGCCGCGACAGCAAUCCUAGGAACUAUAUUCUUGAUCACGCUAUCCUGCCUUGUCUACAGAAGGAUAAGAUUGAGACAGUCGAAUAAAAAUAUGACUGGCAACACUUCACCACAGAAAGACAAGAAUGUACAAGUACUUGGCAAACUCGAAGCACCUGAGAAGCAGAAGGCAACUAAGAAACCGGAAGCACCUAAGAACCCCGAAACACCUGGAAAAACAGAAGUACCUAAGAAACCGGAACAACCUGAGAACACGGAAGCACCGGGCACAGCAGGUGUGCCGAAGAAACUGGAACCACCUAAGAAAACAGAAGUACCUGAGAAGCAGGGAGCAUCUGCAAAAUUAGAUGCAACUAAGAAACCGGAAGUACCUCAGGACCAGGCAAACUAA